CAAAAGCGAAGGCUCGAAGGAAACGCCGGAGAGCCGCGUGGAGCUAGCUCCUCCCGGUUUUUGUGGAGAUGAAACACAUCAUCUCGUAGAGAUAAAGAAAUUUCCUACUUAAGCCAAGAGAGACGGCGUGCGCAUGUUAGGCAGGAAGUAAUGAAACCUGACAGCUUGGGAGAGGAAAUGAACAAUGACCUGGAGACUAUGGGGACCUCGGCGGUGGCAGUGACAGCACCUGAGACAGGGAUAUGAUUUACUCCCCGAGGACUGCUUUAGCUGCAUUCCAGAAAUUUUGUUUUUCAGAAAUUAUCAGUGACUUCAGAUUCUGAUUUCCAAAGAGCAAUUUCAGUACUGCAUAGUUCUUACUUGGACUCUUCAUCUGAGAAUGGUUUUCAUUACAGAGAAGUGACUGGUGAAAAAUGACUUUUUCUUAAAGAAGUAUAAAACUUUGUAUCAACAAAAGAAAGCAAGCAACUACACUACAGAGGCACUUCAUGAAACUUACGGUUUUCUUCUGUUUGACAAAGAAAGUCAGGCUAAACUAGUAUGUCAUUUUGGACUGCGUGGGCAAUAGUACUGUUGCUACCUUGGGUGAUCCAGCAAAAGGUGUAUAUAUUUCCAAAUAUUUGGAUUCCCUUCAUCCAAGACCCUGGUAUCAUGGAAAAUAUGGCUACAUUGUCAUUUUUAAUCUAAUUACGGGAAAAGUCAAGGCUAUACUUGAGAAUUAUACAGAUAACUAUACCAGUCCGUCUUUUGGCUACGAUUGCCAUGUGGCUGCAAAUAUCAACAAGGUUUCUCUCAAGACAAGCCAUUUUCGAGCCUUUGAGCUGAGUCAGUAUUACCUCUGUGAAUUUUUAGGCAACAGUGUUGUUGGAUGACCCAGGCAAAUCCUUCCUCACAUAAUUGUAGCUUUUCAGUACGGUGAACCUAACAGGAUGUCAACUUUAGCUCAUAAAAAUAUGAUUGAAUUUGAUGAUGAAGUUCUUAUCUCCCCAUGGAGAGGACAGUUAAUUAUUCAGGGACAACUGAUAUGUGAUUUAACACUCUGGUCGCCUCAUGGUGCAGUGAUUCCAGCCCAGUUACCCCGGCAGCUAGAUGCUAAAUAUGUUAUGGAAGUAUCUACUUUGAAGAAGAAGCUACCAGAAUCUGCUUUUAGAAAAAGCAAUUAUUUGGAAAGAAAAGUCUGUUACCAAGGUUUAUGCUUCAGCAUGUAUGAAGUGGAAAUAUCAAACAAACAGGGGAAGAGAUUAGAUCAACUAACAGAAUACAUAAAAACUAAGAAAUUGGCAAUUAUAAAAUGUUUAGAAGAUCAAGGGUUUCUCAUUUUGCUUACAUCAUCUGCCUUACUGUGGGACACAGAUUUUGGUGAUGAACAUAUGAACCUAUAUGCCUUGUUUUUAUUCCCGUCAUCAUUGUCAACAGGUAGGAAAGAAUCAAAAUGUGAAGAUGACAUUUCUGUGAGAGUUGUACCUAUUUUGCCUACCCUUCAUUGUGCUCUACUGGAAGCAAAGAAAUUUUUGUCGGAGGAAGAAGUCCAUCCAAAUGUGUUAGUGAAGCAUCAUUUCCAAGAAUUUGCCAAACUGAACAAAAAUUCAUCAUUGUCUUCCCAAAAUUCAUUUGAAGAACCAGAGCUUUUUCCAUUUGACACACUGUCUAGUGAAUUUAAGUCAGGUCAUCGUUCUGAAAAAUGUACUCAGAAGACUUUAACUCGUCUGAAGUCUUACUUUUCAGAUCCUAGUGGUUAUGCUUUGGAAAUAAGCACAGCCUUGGAUUUGCUAGCAGGGCAUUCUCCAUCACCUUUUUCUAUUUCUCAUGGAGUGUGUGAUGUUGGCUUCUCUCUCUUUAUGCCUCCGAAUCCUGAAUUUGCCAACUCAGAGGCUCAAAUGAAAAAUGAAACUGAAAAACACAAAAACUCUGAGGGGACAGGUAAGGCUAAUGAGAGUACUCUACAGUUGUGUCCAGCAUCAAAUCUUAGAAUCCAGCCGAAGAGAAAAGCAAGUAUGUCAGUUGUGAUGCAGAAUAAAAAGGUGAACUUAUGCCGACCUUUCUCCAAAAAGACAGGACCUGUAACAACCAUUGAAACCACAGUUAAGCUAGCAAAAGGUCAAUUUCCUCAGAAAAGGAAAAGAGGUGCUGAAGUGUUGACAGCACAGUUUAUACAAACAACAAAAUUGGAUCAGAAAAGCCAAGAGACUUCUAUUUCUGAAAGUGUGCCAGUGGUAACUAAUGCUAAAAAGGUAAAGAAACCAGAAACAUCUCCAAUCAAGACUGUGCCAAGGGUUAACCAAGCCAUGAAAAAACCUCCACAGAAACAGAGAGUAAAUAUAGUAAAAAGCAACCAAAAUCCAAGAAUUAGAAAACAACUACAACCUGCCAAAAGAGAGAUUCCUUCCCAGCCACCAAUUAAAAUUCUGUCAAAUAACCAAGAUGAUGAACGUAUUGAGAAUACAAUUCAACUUGGAAGCCCUGCUGUUGUUCAGUCAGAUCUUCAAGAAAACUGCAUUGGUCACUUUGACUCCCAAGCCCUAAAUAUGUUGGCUGAUCUAGCUCUAAGCUCUGCUACCUCUACCACCUCAUCAUCUGUUCACAGAGAUCUGUCUUCCUCCUCUGACUUGACGCAAAACAAUAUUUUGUUCUGUAAAGAAAAUCCUUUGCAAGGUACUUACGAUCAUGAAUAUCACCGGCUGGCUAAAAACCAAAGAUGUGCAUUGUAUUCUCUUGAACUAUCCAAGCCAUCUUAUGAACAAACUGAUUCAAGGACAAAUUUACCUGACAGCCAGAGUGAAAAAAGUUUGACUCAGUAUAGUCAAAUAUCUGUGACCCAGGAAGCACUUCCUAAAGAGACUCUAGAAUCUUCAGACGAAAGCAAUAGCACUAGCUCUUUUAUUGCCAUAGAACAUUCUUAUGCCUUACUCUCUGCUGAACAUUCAAAGAAACAUCUGCAACAGCGUGGAACACAAGGUCCUACCUUUGCAAAGAAUGGCACAAAAGGCCCUGAGGCAGGGACUCCAGUGGGCAAAGUGAUGCCAUUUCGGCAUCAGCAUAACACUCCACCUGUUCAAAAGCUUUUGCUGGAUCCAAUCAUAAAACAUAAGAGUCGAUUGUUGCCUUCCAACUUAAAAGAAGAUUUUUGUCAUUCUCACACAGUAUUUAGCUGUGAUGACUCCUUAAAGGUUACUUGUAAGUGUGAAACAGAAUAUGUCUUCAGCUUAGAUAGUAAAUAUACUAAUAACCCACUGGAGAAAACUGUAAUACGAGCUUUACAUGGACCCUGGAAUACUGAUGUACCAGAUAAUGUAGAAGAAGUGAAGCUUAUUCUUCAUAUGUGGGUAGCCCUGUUUUACAGCAAUCAAAACAAAGUCAUACCCUCAGCUCGAAAAGUAGUAGAGCAUAGCAAUCCAGCGAAAUACGUUUCUAUAAAUAGCACUUUGGAUCCCUUGGAUUUCAGCGAUUCUCCAUUGGAGUCCAGUUGGCCUUCAAGUAGUUCUACCGCUGGAGUAUUAUUGGCCUGUACCAACAACAUCAAGCCAUCCACAAGUGGCUUGGAAGACAGAGCUACUUUAGCAGGGGAGGCCCAUCAGGAUACCCCAGAAUUCCAGAGCACUAUCUGUUCUUCUAAUAAUGAGGUAAUUCGAAAAAGAGUGGAACAGGAAUUACCAAGUAAUAUAGAGACGCCUAAUAUUGUGCUUUCUAGUAAUGCAAGUACUCAAACUAGAGAACCUUCUGUUGCUGAUGAAAAUGAAAAUUCACAGAAAGCUGCUAACUUAAGGGCAGUAUCUCAAAAUGGAAUCAACGAUCAGACAAUGAUCUGUGGAACUUCUAUGAACAGAGCGUUAGAAGACAGAGAUGACUCUGCCUAUGAAGCACUAGGCACAAAAGCAAAUACUUUACAGAACAAUCCAGAGCAUAGCAGCACCAGAAACAAAAUGACAGAGAGUCAGGAGUCAUUAGAAAACAAAGAUGGCGAUUUGGAAUAUGUAAUGAUCAAUUUGGAACCAAUUACUUUCACUUUUGAGAAAAAUGCCUGUCUGCCUGUGGAAACAGGAUUUGCAAGUGGAGCUGCUAAAAUACCAGACUCUGAUAGACAAUUAGUUAAAAAAGUAUCACCUGUUGAAAGUCUUAGACAACAAAUCCCCUUCCGUGAAAUAGCCCAAGCACAAGGUGCUUCAUCGGCAAAUCAGGAUCUCCAAGACAUUCCAUCUAUGGCAGCAAAUGUAUCAACAGGAACUAAAUAUCUCUGUACCUCUUCUGUUACUAGAGAGACUCUUGCUAAGGAAACUGGCUCACUUCAGAAAGAAGUUCCCAUUCCACUGUCAACAUCACCAUCAAGUACGAUGUUAAUUGAGGCAGUCUCAUCAGUUGUAAGUUCUGGUGAUCAGGCAACCUCUGAUGAAACAAAACUACCUCAGGACACCUUUCUACAGACUCCAGGGCUCUAUAGCAUAUCGUCUGAAGAGGUUAUAGAAUCAUCCCAGGUUGAAGAAAUAGUUUUAACACCUACUUUUGCCCCCUUGGAAAACAAGCAGACUGCUUCAGCUGGUUAUAUUCCAUCAAGAGCUUCUAAAUUAAACUAUCCUUUAGGAAAGGAGACAAAUGAGAGUGGCUUGAACAGUGAAAGGAUGAAUUUUGAAUCUGUUAACUUAGCAUUUACCAAAGAAACUUGCUUAUCUUUGGGCAGAGAGGCAGUCAGCAUAGAAUUAUCAGAUGAUUCAGAUAUUGAAGUAGCACUAACGAUAUCACCACCUACAAGUCCUCGAGACCAGGCACAAUCUGAUGAAAUUAUGCAGAUUCAGGCUGUUCCAUUAGAGAAUGUAGAACUUCAAGUUGUAGCUGAAGAAAUAAUUGAGCCAGUAAACACAACUUUCCCCAAAAAUAGAGGAACCAAUUCUUCUGACUAUUCCUCACUUCAUACUGCAGCGUUGCAGAAACCAUUAGAAAAUAAAGAAUGUAAAAGAGAUGCUAUAGAUCCAGUUACUUUAGUAGUUGCUAAGGAAUCAUGUGCACUUGAGAUUGGACAGGAAGUUAAUAUUAUCUCUAACUCACCCUUUGAUGGUGCCUUAAUUGAGCCAGUGUCACCAGCUUCAAUUCCUGAUGAUCAAGUGCCAUCUAAAGAAACACCACUAUCUCAGGAUAUUCCUCUUCAGAUGUUAGAACUCCACAGUGCAAUAUCUAAAGAAGUUAGUAAAGCCACCCAGAUUCAGUCAAUAGAUUUAUCUUCAGAAGAAGAUAGUGCAUCUGCUAGUCAUAUUUUACCAGGAGGAAAACCUGCUACAACACAUGGGAAACCAACAAAGCUUUCUACUGAAAUGGCUUUGCCCUUAAUUGAUUAUACAGAACAAAAAGAAAGUCACUUACUCCUUCACAGGAGAGCAGUUGAAGACCCUGUGGUCCAAAAUAAGUAUGAUGAUGCUAGAUUUUUCCCAGGAAAUUUUCAGUGUUCUGAUACAGCAUUAAACCAGACCACUUCGGUUGCUAAGUGUGAGGACUACAAGACUUCUUUUCAAGAAUUGGAAAGAUCAGAUAAUCUUUUGCAACAAACUAGUGAGGAAAACAAAAGUUUGGACUUAACACAUACUGUUUUGGACACCCACAAAGCUCCACUUUGUCUUAGGAAGUUGAUAGAAAAUAGGUCUGUAGCUGAGCAAAUCCAUUCUUCAGCUGAAUCUGAUCUGACAAGUAAUUCAUUGGACCACAAGAGUAGCCCUUUGAACAGCAGGAAGGAUUUACGUGGGCAAGAUGAAUAUGAUUAUUUACAUAAUAAAACUCUGAAUUCGACUUCAGUUGAUCAAUCUGAUUUUAUACAGAUGUAUUCACCCUCAAAGAACCCAAAUGUUUGUAUUUCCGUGGAUGAUACUUCACAUCAAAGUAGAUCAGGACAACUAAAUGAAGAGAAGUUUCAAGAGCAUGGAAUUUCAAUGGUCAAUAGUCUAAAAAAUGAUGAAGUUAUUUCCACUUUGCAUGAAGAGUCCAUCAAUUUAAAAGGAACUAGCCUUGGGUCAAGCCUCACAUCACUGUCAAAAGGGGAGGGAAAAACACAGAUUCAUCAGGAAGUUUCAGUAUGUGAAACAAAAGAUCAGUCAAAUGGCAUUUUUGCCACCAAAGAAUCUAACAUGGCAUGCAGUGGUACAUACCAAAAUGUGGCAAACAUAGCCAAAAACAUGGAGGAAGAACAUGCUGCUUUAGCUAUUCAAAAACCUUGGGAAGCCUCUGGAGAGCUUGUAGAAGAUGAGAAUUCCAUAGAGGAGACUGGAACUGAGAAAGAUAUGAAAUCCCCUGAUAGAAAUAUAGAUACGAAUUUGAACACUGAAAUUUAUUAUGAAUCACUUUCUGGAGAAUCUGACCAAGAAUGUUUUGGGGAUAUUAAACACUCCCAGUUGCAGUCCGAAGAUUCUUGUCCCUUGAGAACCAGUCAUGCCAACGAAGUUGAAGAAGCUACCAUAACUAAUUAUGAUACUCUGAUGAAUAAUAGGACUGUCACAACAAGUAGUGACAUUGAGAGCUGGAAUUAUUCUCAUAAAAGUGCAGUGGCAGAUGAAAGUGCCCAGCAAAGAAGCUGUUCAACUGGAUUAAAGAAAGGGGAUAAGUAUGUACCCUUUUACAUUAAAAUCCGAGAUCCUAACGGCACCCCCAGGACUUACACUAAUUUUACUGUAACUAAGAAGCUCAAAGACACCACUAGGACUUUACAUAACCUAAAGCAGCACCCUUGUGUUACAGCUCGGUGUGGCUUGAUCAGCUCUUGGACAAGUACCUGGCAGGUGGCAGAUGAUCCAACCCAGAAUACUUUGGAUCUAGAAUAUCUGCGGUUUGCACAUAAGCUAAAACAAAUGGUAAAGAAUGGGAAAUCUCAGCUUUCUGGUACUAAUUCCAGUCCUUUGCCAAAGGAAUCACAUGUCCAGAAAACUGUUGGAGUUUUUCCCUUGACAAAAGUAACUGAGACUCCAGUUAUACAUCCAACCUCCAGGAGCAGAAGUCCACUGCUGGUAACAAUUAUGCACUCAGAACCAAGACAACAUACCUCAGACUGUCACAAAAAAAAUCAAAAGCAUAGUGACCUUAACAGUCUUUCCUCUUCCAGGCAAGACAGGGGUAGCCAGAGUAGAGCUAUUCCAAAUAAUGAGAGAGAUCCAGCCACUUCUUUGCACCUCAAUAAGUUGAAAUAUGAUAGGAAGCUGAAAGAAUCUCGGAAUGACAUUUCACUCAUUCUUAGUGAAUAUGCUGAAUUCAAUAAGGUGAUGCUUAAUAAUAGCCAAAGGAACUACCAAGCUAAUGAUAUGAGUGUUACCUCUGAAAAGGCUACAUCCCCUAAGAUAUCAUCUUUCCCAAGGAGAAUGGCUUCCUAUGAACACAUGAUUACAGAUUUGUGUUCCAGUUUGCAUGUCAAACUGAAAAGCGUUAUAAAAGAGGCAUGUAAAAGCACCUUCCUGUUCUACCUGGUUGAAACAGAAGAUAGUUCAUUCUUUAUCAGAACAAGGAGUCUGCUGAGAAAAGAAGGCCAUAAAGAAAUUGAACCCCAGCAUUUCUGUCAAGCAUUGCACAGGGAGGCUGAAACAUUAGUAGUCAUCAUUAAAAAUGAGGACAUAUCAACACAUGUACAUCAAAUUCCUUCCUUGCUGAGACUGAAGCAGUUCUCCAGUGUCAUGUUUGCUGGAGUUGACAGCCCAGGAGAUAUCCUGGAUGGUACCCAUCAGGAGCUGUUUCGUACAGGAGGCUUUGUGGUGUCUGAUGACAAAGUAUUAGAAGCUGUAACAUUAGUUCAGCUAAAGGAAAUUGUCAAAAUCUUGGAAAAACUAAAUGCAUAUGGAAGGUGGAAAUGGUUACUUCAUUAUAAAGAAAGUAAAAAACUAAAAGAGGAUGUAAGAAUAGAUUCAGUUGCUCAUAGCAAGAAUUUAAUAUUGAAAUCAUACCAGAGUGCAAAUAUCAUUGAAGUGCUUCAUUAUCACCAGUGUGAUUCCAAAUCACCGACAAAAUCUGAAUAUUUGAAAUGUCUACUGAACUUACAAGUUCUGCACAUCAAUGCCAGGUUUGCUGUGUAUCUAACAGAUAAACUCAAUACCUCCAGAGAGAUAUUUGAAAAUAGUGGAAUCCUUGUUACUGAUAUAAAUAACUUUGCUGGAAUUGUACAAAAGGCAGCUCCAUUUGAGGCAACCUAUUGGUGAUGAAAGUACCAGUUCUGAUGACUUCUAGGACUAACAACAGUGAUGAAAUAAUUCCCUCUUCCUGUUCUGCCCUCCCUAACCUCAAACAGUUACCUUCAGGAAGAAAUGAAUCCACUUUUCACACUUACACUAUAAAUUUGUCAUUAUAAUGCAGACAUCCUUAGAGGAUCAUUUUCCUUUCAAUAUAGUCUGCUGAAAUGUGAUUUAUUUCAGAAUGGCACAGUAGACUUAAUUGUUAAGCUUUGGAUUAUAGGUUUUUAAAUUAUUUUUAAACAGGAUGCCUUUUAAAGCUAGUAGCAUACAUUAUUAAAGUGAAAAAUAGGGAAAUGUUACUGAAAGGCUACAAGUUGGAAAACUAAUGUAAAAGUCCAUUUUAACAAGUGUAUUUUUUAUGGUUGUAUAUGUAAAUAAGGCAUAAGUAGUACAUGUUAUGGUCUGAAAUUCUUUUUAUACACUUUACCCAUCUUGUAGAAAAUUAACCUAAAUGUAUUAGUCUACUGCUACACUACGUGAAGUUAAUUUUUUUUUUCCUAAAUGGUACCUAUUUGCAGUUGUUCAGUUUUUGUAAAUAGCUCACUACACCGUUAAUAUUCUGAGGAAUAGUAAUCAUAUGUUUAUGGUAUUUCAGAAAUUUCUAUAGUAGUCUUUGAACACUUCGAAGCUAAACAGAAACUUUGUAUUAAGAUGUGGUAUCUAUUUGGAAGAUAGGUUUUAUACCUAAUUUUUAAAAAAUAAAAACAAAUAAAAUA